AUGCUAGGAAUAAGAUCAUCUGUAAAGUCCUGCUUCAAACCAAUGUCUUUGACUUCAAAAAGGCUGAUUUCUCAAUCUUUGGUGGCCAGCAAAUCCACUUACAGGACCCCAAAUUUUGAUGACGUUUUAAAGGAGAAUAACGAUGCUGAUAAAGGCCGCUCUUAUGCCUACUUCAUGGUUGGUGCUAUGGGUCUUUUGUCAUCUGCAGGUGCCAAAUCAACCGUAGAAACCUUUAUUUCAUCUAUGACUGCCACAGCCGAUGUUUUGGCUAUGGCUAAAGUUGAAGUCAAUUUGGCGGCCAUCCCAUUGGGUAAAAACGUUGUCGUCAAAUGGCAAGGUAAGCCUGUGUUCAUUAGACACAGAACUCCUCAUGAAAUUCAAGAAGCUAACAGUGUGGAUAUGUCCGCUUUGAAGGACCCACAGACCGAUGCUGACAGAGUCAAAGACCCUCAGUGGUUAAUUAUGUUGGGUAUUUGUACUCAUUUAGGUUGUGUUCCAAUUGGUGAAGCCGGUGAUUUCGGCGGUUGGUUCUGUCCUUGUCAUGGUUCGCAUUAUGAUAUUUCUGGUAGAAUCAGAAAAGGACCUGCUCCCUUAAAUUUAGAAAUUCCUGCCUAUGAAUUUGAUGGUGAUAAGGUCAUUGUUGGUUAA